AUAGAAUUGCUAAACCUUUUCAAAUUUUAUUAAUUUUUUCUCUCUCUUUUGAUAUCUUAAACACAUCUGCUGUAUAGCCUAAGGUUAUCAUAUAGAGGAAAGGAUGAAUAAUAUUCUCAAUUUUCCUUUUCCUUUUCUAAAGAACUUCAUAUUGGUUUUCCAUAUGAAUGGGUAGAAAAGGAGAAAAACUGGGCAAAGAUGAAUACAGCAUCAAUAGUUGUAGAUGCAUCAAGGUACAUCGAGGAGCUGAAGGAAAGGGUUGAAAGACUAGAUCAAGAUGUUGUAACUUUACAAAAUUCAAAUGAAGAAAACUCCUUAACAGCUCAGGUUAAAGUUGAAUCGCUGGAGAAGGGCUUCUUAAUUAAUGUGUUUUCAGAAAAGAACUGCCCCGGAUUGCUUGUCUCCAUACUUGAAGCAUUUGAGGAACUCGGCCUUGAAGUGCUUGAUGCUAGGGUUUCUUGUUCUGAUAAUUUUCGUCUUGAAGCUGUUAGUGAGGCCGAUAGCAUAGAUGCCCAGGUUGUUAAACAAGCAGUAUUGCAAGCUAUUAGGAAUUGGAGUGUCAACAAUGAGCAAGACUAAUAUGUCUUCAACGGUUUAUUAAUUAUUUUCUAAUGAUGUAAAGUAUUUGUGUAAUUGAAAUUAUUAUUGUUAUGAUUGUAAGAAUCAAAGGACUAGAACUUGGGGUGGUAAUUUU